AUGUCAUCCAACGAGCACUUGAAACCGAUCUUUGCCAAUUGCGUGAAUGUCACCAUGUUGACGCGUAUUGCUGCAGUGCUCCUCGUCCUUUGGUUGCUGACUUUUCGACGUGUGCAAACCGCUCCCAUGGAGCGACACGAUGAUUCUGCUCUGCAAGCAAUACACAGCGGCUUUCGGCUCCCUGAACCUGGGCAGCACUGGCCGACCCCGCCCUCCCCGUCCUCGACCGAUUCCGAUCGCUUCUUUCCUGGUCCUUGGCAUUCUACGCCCAGCAGUACUCCUUUGAACAGCUUUCAUGAACCGCUAUCAUGGGCUCUCGAUGUCGAUACCCCGUCCGCCGAGCUGGAGGAUGUAGACUUUGACAUCCUCCGUGCUCUCUCUGCGGAUUUCGCGCAGUACAGUUCUUCUUCGAAUCAGCCCAGCGUCGAGCCGUCAGCCGGACUGACAGGUGCGAUGCCAACCUCAGAGACCAGCGGCGCGCAGCGCCCUCAGGUCACCAUCCCUGCGUCUCGACCGGCGCGAACGAAGCUGCGACCGUCUCCCCAAAAGGCGGCGGCCAUCGAGCGGCAUAGAGUCCGAAACGCCGCCAUCCGCACGCGCAUCGGCUGGCCGGAACCAUCCGUCUUCUCCCGUCUCGAUCACUACGCGCCCUUCCGCUCACCCAAAAAGCAGCUCACGUUCGCCGAUUCGCCCCUCAUCCCUGCCCGCAUCAUCGACGCGUUCGGUGGCAAGCUCCGAUGGGUGUCCCUCUCGCGUGACAUGCUGACCAAGGUCACCUUCCACGAUCGAUCGCCAUACAAGAUGUACAGCCGCCGCCUCCCUCUCGCCUUCCAGCAGCACGACGUCCGAUGGAGCGUCCACAUGACGCAGCACAACGUGCCGAUCCGACAAGAAGGGCUGACGCGGGGGACGUCGCUGCACGGCAAGCCGUAUUAUGCCUUCUGGGGCGUGCCAGAGGAUGUGGAGAGCGAAUUCUUGCCCGUGGUGCACUACGGGGCGGGGGUGCUGGAGAAGGAGGAUAACGAGGCGGUGGAUCGACGGUUGAGAUCGCUGAUCGAGGAGCUGGAGGGGAGGGCGGCGUGA